AUGAAACUAUCAAAAACGAAGCAAUGUUUUACACUUUUAUCAAUAUUUGUCUUACUAAUCGUUUUCAUUAUUUACUGGAAUAAUUCUUCAAAUUUUUCAAAAAUAUGUACUACAAUAUUUACUCCACAACAACAAUCUCAAAGAAGAAAAAUUGUUAUUUAUAAUCGAAUUCCAAAAACAGCCUCUACAACAUUUACAAAUGCUAUAGCUUAUGAUUUAUGUCAAAGAAAUGGAUUUCACGUUGCCCAUCUUAAUUUAACCAAGAGUCGAAUGCAGAUGAGUAAAAUGGAUCAAUUUUUGUUGGCUAAAAAUAUAACGGAAUGGUUGGAUAUUCAACCAUUAUUUCUUCAUGGACAUUUCUCUUUUGUUGAUUUUCAAAGUCUUGGCUUCCCUCCACCAAUUUGGAUUAAUUUAUUGCGUGAACCUUUUGAACGUCUAGUUUCUUAUUUUUAUUUUCUUCGUCAUGGUGAUAAUUUUCGUGUUGGUCUAAAAAGAAGUAAAGCUGGGAAUAACGAGACUUUUGACGAGUGUUUUUUGAAUAAAAAUAAAGAAUGUGAUCCAUCUUCUGUUUGGUUACAAAUUCCUUUUUUCUGUGGAACAGCACAUUUUUGCACUGACCCAGGAAAUCAACAAGCAUUUAAUAAAGCAAAAUAUAAUCUUCUUAAUAAUUAUCUUCUUGUUGGAACGACUGACAGAAUGGAACAAAUGAUCAAACUUUUGGAGUUUUUACUCCCGGAAUAUUUUAGAAAUGCUAGUGAACAUUUUAAUUCUCUUAAUGAAAAAAGGAAACAUCUUCGACAUACUACAAAAAAGAUUUUGCCAUCUCUAGAAGUUGAAAAUAAAUUUAAACAAAAUUCAAUUUACAAAAUGGAAAGGGAAUUCUAUGAUUUUGCAGUUAAGGAAUUUGAGUAUGUUUGGCAACAAUUUUUGAGUUUUAACAAAAAUCAGAAAUCACAAUUUCGGUUUGAGAAGAUUAGACCUUAA